AUGGCCUCCCCCUACACUCCCCGCCUCAUCGGUGCCCCCAACACCCUUGAACACCGAGUGUUCAUCGAGCAGAACGGCAAUGUCAUCUCGCCGUUCCACGAUAUCCCUCUGUUCGCCGACCAGAACAACGGCAUCUUCAACAUGAUCGUCGAAGUGCCCCGCUGGACCAACGCGAAGAUGGAGAUCUCCAAGGAGGAGCCCUUCAAUCCUAUCAAGCAGGAUGUCAAGAAGGGUCGUCUCCGCUACGUCCGAAACUGCUUCCCCCACCACGGCUACAUCUGGAACUACGGUGCCUUCCCUCAGACCUGGGAGGACCCUGCUCAGUCUCAUGCUGAGACCAAGGCCAAGGGUGACAACGAUCCUCUCGACGUUUGCGAGAUCGGUGAGCAAGUUGGCUACGUCGGCCAGGUCAAGCAGGUCAAGGUUCUCGGCAUCAUGGCUCUGCUCGACGAGGGCGAGACCGACUGGAAGGUUAUCGUCGUGGACGUCCAGGACCCCCUCGCUUCCAAGUUGAACGACAUCGAGGACGUUGAGCGUCACCUUCCCGGACUCAUCCGUGCCACCAACGAGUGGUUCCGAAUCUACAAGAUUCCCGAUGGCAAGCCCGAAAACACCUUUGCCUUCUCUGGCGAGGCCAAGAACAAGAAGUAUGCCACCGAGAUCAUCCACGAAUGCCAUGAGGCCUGGCGCCGUCUCAUUACUGGCGAGACUCCUGCUAAGACCGCCAAUUACGAUCUCUCCAUCCGCAACAUCACUAUCCAGAACUCCCCUGGCUUCGUCUCCAGGAACGACCCCUCCUACACUAGCCUCCCCGCCGAUUCUCGCAGGCCCCCUGCUCCCAUCGACCCCUCCGUCUCCAAGUGGUUCUACAUUUCUUCCGCCCAGGUUUAAGCUCACUGGAAGGAAAGAAAAAGGAAGCAGUGUAUAUAGAAGUCGAAAUGACAAUCUGAAUCAUAAUCUUGGUUGUGUCACCAAA